AUGCCUUACACGCCGCCCUCCCACCGAUCUCCCGCCUCCUCAGCGACCGUUUCCCCGGAUGUGAGCCGCCGAUCAUCAGUCACGUCAGGCCAGAAGCCUUCGCUGCCUCGCUCCGCCUCAUAUCUCAGCAAGCACCGUCGAACGCCGUCUGCCACACCGUCCACCACUGAGGCUCAUGCCACGCCGUCUCCCCCCUAUGGAUCCUCCGACGAAGUCAAGAACGCUGCCAACCCUCCUGUGAGCGCGAGCUUGCGCAAGUCUCCCCCGCCGGUGACUGACGAUCGAGGAAUCCCCAACGGCGCCAUCAUCUCUCCGCCUGACUCGGCAUCAUCCGAUAGCGAGGAUGACAGCCGUCCGGAAAUUCGGGGGAGGAAGCUGGGGAAGCUUAGGGAUGCUGUCAGCCAGAUCCCCCAACCUCGGACACCGUCACCCCCAGCCAAGGAGUCGAGACUAAGCCUCGACGACGAUGCCACUCCUCGGAGCAUCAUGCACACUAGCUUCAGUGCCAUGACAUUGAGCGAGCUGAACGAGCUGACCGAGCUUCCCAAGCGCCGAAAGGGCCAUGUCCGAUCUGCCACCGAUCCCAAUGCAUCUGCCAUCAUGACAUCUGCGGACAACUCCCAGACUGUCUCGGAAGACUCUGAGGAUGACAUGCGGCCUAAGCCUCCCAUGGUACGCAAGAAGUCUGGUGAGCUGGUCCGCCCGGCUCUGCGGAACUUCAAGCGACCCUCGAGUAUGCCCGGCACUCCUGUAUUUGCAAAGGCCGUUCACUUUGACUCCCAUCUGGAGCACAUCCGCCACUUCCUUCAGGUCGACCGACCUCUUGCCGUCAGUGCAGGCUCGUCACCAGUGGAGAACUACGAAAGCGAUGCUGAGUAUCCCUUCCCUGGAGGUGAGAAAAGGGGGCCCGUUGCUCGAUCGCCGCCAUUCGAUUGGCAGCUGAUUACGAACAACUUCCCCCAUGACUCCCCCCAGAGACGCGAGCAGCCCGUCCGUGUCGAGAGAGUCUGGCUCUCUCCGGAUCAAAAGUCGAUGAUGGGAUCUGUUGUUGUUUCCAACAUCUCCUUCCACAAGACUGUUGUAUGCCGUUUCACAUUGGACUACUGGAAGACGACUUCCGAAGUCGUUGCCGAGUUCAACCACGAGGUCCGCCCCGCCGUCACCCGUGUCAGCCAGGAUCGCUUCCAGUUCUCCAUCAAGCUGUCGGACACGACCAACCUGGAGAUGAAGACGCUGUACUUUUGCGUUCGCUACAACGUCAACGGCCAGGAGUAUUGGGACAGCAAUAACAACUCCAACUUCCAGGUCGACUUUCGAAAGCAGUUCAAGCCGCAGAAUGGUAAGAACUCCUUCCAAGGUGCUGGCUCGCGGUCGACUGGCAGUCUGCCGCGCAGCAACCGGAAGCAGAACUCUGCCGCCGCCGCCGGUCGGCCUCUGCAGAUGCCUGCUUCGUUUGAUGAUUUUGAUAAGAAACCAAAGUUUAAGUUUGAUGACCACCUCGACUACUUGGGCGAGCACAACACUCCCGGCCUCCGCCUCAAGACCAAGUCCACUAGCAACCUGGCUAGUGACAACAUUUCCAAGGGCCUGGGCCUGACUGCUCCCAGCGGACUGGCCUUUGCCAACCGCUAUGAUUUCGGUGCCUCGUUGAGUGCUGCCGUCCAGGCGGCCAAGGAUUCGGCGACCAAGAGUUCGACGACCAAGGACAAGGACGCUUUGUAUAUGAAGAGGAAUGUCCGCGAUAGCCCCAGUCCCAGGAUGAACUUUGGCCCUCCCCUGAGCAUCCCGUCUGCUCCGGCGCCCAGCCAGUCCACUGCUGCUGCCGCCGCCGCCGCCGCCUCCUCCUCUGCUCCUGCGCCCGGUGUUGGCCUCGGCCUCGGCCUUGCAAGCUCCUCAUACGAGGAGCUCGUCAGUAAAUACUGCUUUUUUGGCUCCAAGACAUCGACCGCGGCUUCGACCCCUGGCGCGACCAGGCCCGCUGAGGACGAGAGCGUGAGCCCGACAACGGUGUCCUCCGCAGUAGUUCCUCACGGUCCUCUUCACCAUGCCGGUCCUGCGGCUCACCACAGCCUUCAUCCUCAGCGCCCCGUUGACAUGAAGCUCCAUCGGCCGCUGACCGCCGACUAUCUCGCGGCAUCGCACUCGUCUGCCCUCGACUCCAUGUCCUCUGUGCUGAUCAGCAGGGACCAGCCGUCGGCUCCCAAGACGAUGCCGAUGCCUCACAUGAGAUCGCCAUCGCCGUCCUUCUCCACGUCACCAACUGAUGCUCCGUUUUUCGCCCAGCAGAUGAUCCAACAGCGAUUUCGCUGGGGCGGAGAGCCUCACACUGCCACCGCCAUCCGAGGCUAGAUGACUGCUGGCAGCGGCUACCGGACGAGGACAGCUUCUAUAUGCAGGAUAUUCCUCAGUUAACGAUUUUUUUUUUUCACUCAAGAUUGAUAACAAAUUUUUACAACUGGUUAUUUUGGUUUUGGACAGCUAACAAAGCAACAACAAUGUCCCUUGUUUAACACUACGAGGCUCUUCCACAUGGCCUUCGUCGCUUAUUAUCAGCAAAUGUUUUUUUUUUUUUUUUUUUUUGGACUCGCCUUUGCAGUCUCCGCUUCUCUUAUUCAACAGCAACAACUAAAGCGAGAACUCUUUACUAUUAUUCUUUUCUUCCUCUUUUUUAUACUAUUUCCUUACUUUACUUUUGGGCUUUGUGUGUUUUUAGCUUUUGGAGUUUGGUAACAUACGACAGGGAUUCUGAUUUUUUUUAUUUCGUUUUGCUUGGCGCUCACAAGGGCAUAUGGAAAACCGGCUCUCAUUUCUUUUUCUGCUCUUGGUUUUUAUUACGCGCUCUGGGUUCGGUUCAUGACAGGUCUUGCAUUGGAGUAACUUUGCCACUACGGUUAUCUCUCCUUUGUGGUCAUCUCCUAUUUGUUUUUUUUUCCUAUUUUUCUUCACUUUGCUCUACAUGUCUCUUACGGCUCCAGACCGUUAUGAACAAGCGGAACCCGGCGGAUUGAUAAUGACUUGUCGAUGCUCUCAUUUGUUGUUUAGGGAAUGGACUGAAAGGCGGCCGACGGGGUUGGUGCUUAGGUCCAGGGUUGCAUUGGGCUACUACGAGCAGGCUGGUAACGGGAAAGGAAAAGUCGGUUGCUAAUGGUAUUGAUUCAAUUGGUUCGAAAGGCAUUCUGGUACUACUACUACUACCACUACUACUACUACUUCUUACAAGAGAGAGAGAUCAGACAUAAAUGGAAUUGCCUAGAUUAAAAAAACGAUGUUGUGCUCCUCAACUACGCCGCUGCCUUUGUGCUAUGCUGAGCUUCUCGUGUGAAACUAUGAGUAUGAUUACAUGUGACUGCAUGUGAUGACCUGUCCAUGCUGCAUGGCAGACUUGGCUUUUUCUCAUGGACAGUCGACGGCCCACUUGGUGGCGGUCUUUGACCUGGGGGGACGUGGCGCGGGACCACGGCCAGCAAAACCCCAGCCUGGAGCUAGAGAUCCUGGCCAUUCGGUAGUUCACCAUGUUGAAUACGGAGUCGUGGUCUACUGGGCAAGGUUGUCUACAUGUACCUAGAGGGGAGGCAAAACUUAUCCGCUAUUCGGCAUCUCUCCCAUCGCUGUCAUUUCAGAGGCAAGGCGUUUGUCAGCGCUGGGCGGCGGCGACGAGCUCGGCAACUUUGCGGGGGGCGAAGUACGUGCAUGAAAGUCGAGCCAUUGGGAUUGGGCAGUGUGCCUUGUUUUGCUUCUGUUCGCUCCUCGCUGCGGCCGUGAUAUGCAUCUCAAUAUCUCAUCUCAGGGCGUAAUAACUAUUACUUCCACUCCUCUCUUAUCACUCGCCCGCCGUUGCAUUGGGCCUAUCGGACGAGAGCUUGCAAAGACGGAGGAACUACCUAGCUAUCAAACGAAAAGUAUGACAUGAGUGGUUUUUUGGGGAACGCUUCUCGUAUGAGAGGAGCAGGCAAAAGGUACGGCAGAAGGCAAAGCAAGCAAGCCGACGUGCAUUUUGGGCGGAUGUGCAUGAGAAGGGGGAAAGAUGGAACAUGUGGUGAGAGAGGAGUGGCUGUUUUUAUAAGGUUGCUUACGUCUUGAUGCCUGACGAUGGGGGGGCGGAGGGGAGAGGGGGGCCUUUUAUUGAUUUUACUGGUAUUGUUCUAGCCGUGGUAGUAUUUUAUAUACGAUAGUAUAGUACCUAUUUUCUUCUAGGGGGGAGUGCGUAUGGAGACACGGGUACGUGUAAGAUGCACGACGGUAUGGAGAAGGAGGGAUUACGAGGACCGAGAGUACAGGUACAUGAGGCCAAGGCAGAGGCCAAAAGGGGGGCGUGUAUGGAUAACUGUGAUAACGGGAAAGAUGGAGAUGGAAAGGAUCGUGAGAGGGAUUAUAUAUGGAGUUGGAUAGCUAGAUUGGAUAGAUUGGAAGCUAAUAAGCGAUGAAGCUUUUUUUUUUUUUUUUU